GCGCGUGCACACGCGAUCGUUGCCCAUGCUGCCGCCGCCAUGCAAGCCGAGGCGGCGGCAGUUCAAGCUCGCACCACGACAGCGGCUGUGACCUUACUGCUCUCAGCACUCUCGUCCAACCUCCGCGACGAGCUCGACGACAGCAUGACGCCGUACGAACUCUGGUCCGAGGUUCAUGCCAAGGGCCACGUGCUCGUGGACGACUGCCGCUUCUUUGGGCUCCUGGAAAACGUACGUUUGGCCGACGACGACGCGCUGCCCGACGGCCUCGCACGCCUGGAGGAGCACAUCCAACGCUUCGUCGACGUCAUCUUUGUGCCAAGUCAUGGCUCUGAUGCGCGGCUUCUAGCGGCUGCCGACCGCCUGAAGAUGGCGCUGCUCUGCAACGCGUGCCCACCGGCGAUGGUCGACGUCUUUGAAGCCUGGCGCGCCGACGAACCUGCAUGGGAAUAUGGGUACAUGCGGCGUCGGCUCGUCGAGCACUGGGCGUCGAACCUUCGCCUCCUCACGGAAGUGAAUCCGCCUGCGGUGGUCACCGAGGCUCCCAGUCUACGAGUGGAUGAUGAGCCACCUGCGGUGGUCGAGACAUUGACUGCGGAUGACAACUUCAAUGCCCAGAUGAGAGCGUUGGCCCGCGACCUGGCCAUGGCGUCAAACGAAGCGAGCAGUCCAAGGACCGAGCAAGCCACCGGGCGCGAUGCCAGCGAGGAAGCUACGCAGUUGGCGACCGAUGACGACGUCGACGCGACGCCUGCCACCACAAGCACACAAAAACCUCGGCGGAAAAAGCGCAGCCCCGAUGCGAAUGACGAGUCGCAGGACAGCGCGAGCACUUCGCACGGACGCAAGCGGUCCAAGCCCACCGCUACGCCCAAGACGUUGCAAGGAGCGGUGGCACUGGAACAGCCGCAUGGGACUGUGGCCAAGCGAGUAUCUCCGCGCCAACAUCUCGGCUCAUUGCGAGUGCUGCGUCCGUCGCCCGAGUCGAGUGAGAACACCGCCCCGACAACUGAUGCGAGACAGAAGAAGCCGUUUUCAGAGCAAGAGAUCGAGUUCUUGCGCGCAGCGGCUGGGCUGAUCAAGGACUCGACAAAAAUUUACCACCGGGGCCGCGCGCUCGGCCUCUUUACAACCGAUCCCUACACUCGAUACAGACCAAGCUUUCCGGCAUGAAGAAUGCAGUGUCACCGUAAAGUUGAUGGUUUCUAGGCGGCUUUUGUGUAUUCUUUGUGGUGUACGCCGCCACAGAAGUGUCCUCGCGUCGUCCGCGUCUUGAAUGGCAGUGCGACGGACGUUGCCAUUGACGGCACAAGUCGCUUCUUCGCAGAGAGACGUGGGCCAGCACGCGAUGGCGGCGAUGUCGCAGCAUCUGCGUGCAUCGCAGCGUAGUAAAGCUCGGCAGCAAGAUCCUGCAACGUCACAGCCAACGAAUCCAAUUGCAAAUUGGCUGACAUUCGAGCCUGAGGUCGUCCAUCUACAGCGUCACGAUUCGUUGCCCGACAACAUGUGCCGAGUUGUUGCUUCUGUCGUUGGACUUGACGAUGGAAAGGUACUGCUGUAUGAUGUCCUAACUUAUUCUGCAGUUAUACUUGUUGAUACACCUA